CUGGGAGUCGAACCCACCGAUGUUUUUUGCCGCCCUGGUAAAGAUGUUAGCAUUGUCCACUAGACCUGCCCUCCCCGAGUCUGGCCACCUCGGUUCAUCGAGCGGUGAUAGCCUGUAGAAUAAUAAAGAAUAUAUAGGCAAUAUAGAUCUGACUUCGGUAUGAUCCAGCUUGGUGUUGGCGAAAUCAUCUGUGUGGGCGUCACAAGCGGGCACAUCCGUGGGGCUGCUUCACCAUGACAGCAGGAUUGUGUAAACAUGGGUGAUCGACGUGGCACGCCAUCCGCCUCCGUAUACUCGCUCUCACCGCUUGCACAUGUUGGCGUCCAUCUCCUUUUGCAAAGCCUAUCAAUCUCCCGGUGUUGGUGCAUGUACCAAAUCUGCUUGAUGAACAGCGAUGCCUACCACGAAGAAUAUCCCUCUGUAUCGAGCGUGAUGGAGCCUCUGUUGACAAUACCCUCAAGGUAUCUUAGGUCUGUUUGCAAGUACUUGGGUCUUGGUUGCAGCAACGUGCGGACUCGCAAACUGCAACCUCCUCACACGAGUCUCCAGACGUCGCAAGCCCAGUACCACGGCCAUAAAGGAAUGAACGCACUGGUAUGCAUCUACACAACUAUGCGGCCCCGUGCAAUCGUUUGGUGUUCGCAUGUAUGCUACACCCCCCGAAGGCGAGGAUACCCGCGGGGGAAGACUCCUGCAUCGCCGGCUAAUUGGCCAACUAUCUUUUCGUGGUAAGGAGCCUCAGCUGCUAUUCAUGCAAAUUCGAUUGAACCCUCCUCGUCUGGAUCAUAAGGUGUGCAUUGCUUCUUCGAGGUUCACGGCCCAUAUCUGUUCGAUUUUGCGUGGCCGACGUACCUCAGCCCCAUCAACUACGAUUCACCCUGCCAUGCAACGCAAUAGCACCGCCUGGCAGACAUGGAUGGCCAAUACUGAUAGCAAGUUCGG